UGUACCUUCAUGAACGCUGUCCGGCUGUCGAUUGUUAUUGCUUUUUGUCCUAUUAAUAUUAUGACUUAUUAGAAACUGUUUUAAAGUUUUUGCUAAUAAUCUCAUUUUUCUAUUCUUUAUCCAGCAUAUUCUAGAAAAGCAACUUUUUCAUAUUAAUAGGUGUCCAUCAUGGCGUUGUCAGCUGAGUUUGUUAGAUUGGUUCAAGAAGAAAUUCCUGAAGGUAGACAGUCGUUGACAGAUUCCCAUACUAAUUUGGACAAAGUUGCUGCUUAUUGUCUUGAAAAUUUUGGCAGGGCAGAAAACAAGCGAAUGGCUCUGGAAGAGACCAAGAACUACACAACCCAGUCACUGGCAUCAGUGGCUUAUCAGAUCAACACGCUGGCUUACAACUUCCUGCAGAUGAUGGACCAGCAGUCCCAUCAGCUCGCAGAAAUGGAAAGCCAAGUAAACUACAUAGCUGAGAUGGUGAUGAUUCACAAGGAGAAAGUAGCACGCCGUGAGAUUGGUGUUCUGACAACCAAUAAGAGCAUCACACGACAGUUCAAGAUUUUAGCUCCAGCUAAUACUGAGAAGCCCAUCAAGUAUGUGAGGAAACCAAUUGACUUUACGAAGUUGGACCACAUCGGCCACGGUGAGAGGUCAGGGUCGUCUGUUGGACCACGCCUUCGUCACGCUCCUUCAGGUGCAGGGCCAGCACUUGCCAUGGCUCCACCUUCUUCAUCCACACCUCUGCUGCAGCAGCAGCCUAGUAACGCGUCCUCCAGUAGCGGCAUCUAUGCGCCUUCUGCAGGACCUCCUCCCACCACCAAGCCCCCCACUCCUCCUCAGUCCUCGCGCUCUGUCACUAGCCUGGCCAGGGGGUCGCGUGAAUACAGAACGCCUCCUGCUGUCGCCCCACCUCAGGUCCCAAUGAACUACGCUCCCAACUUCCCUAUGGGACACCCGCGUCGUGGGGAGAGUUCUCAGCCCCUACAGCCCCAGCAGCAGCGCAUGUAUGGUCCUGCUCUUACAAACCCUCUACCGCCCUCUCCUGCCCCUCCACCUCCGCCCCCUCAGGUGGGAAUGGUUCACCCAAUGCCUCAACAUGGGGGAGGCUAUGCUGCCGGCCACCACAUGACCGAGCCCUCGCACUACGCUGCUAACCACUCACACAACCUUCCCCGUGCUGGUCACGGAUACCCCACUGUCAUCCGCCCCGCAAUGACACUCCCAAAAAAAUCGUCUGUCCCUUCCAACGACGCGACCACGUCAAGCCCCGGUGUCAGCAACACCCUCCCUCACCCUUCCCUCACAAACACCUCGCGCCCUUUGUAUUCUACGCCGCCCAAAGUGUGUGCGGUCGCCGUGAGCGCUGCAGGCGAUGUCCACGGCGCCAAUGUCCCCAGCAAAGCUGAGUCCUCGAAGCCCCAGAAUGGGGCGGGGGGUGCGGCCCCUGUGCGGGUGCCCCCUGGAGCCACGCAGCUCUCGAGCGUUGCUUCUGAGCAGCUCCAGCAGAAGCUUAUGCAUCAGCAGAAGCUCAUUGAAAUGCAUGAACUGCAGCAGCAGCAACAACUGCUGGAGCAACAGAACCUCGGGCAAGAUCAGGAACAGCAGCAACCGCUACAACAACAACAACAGCAGCAGCAGCAACAUGCACAGCAACAACAGAUUUACCAACAGCAGCAGCAGCAACAGCAGUUGUCGCAGGACCAGCAGCAGCUGUACAGCUCCCAGCAGCAGCAGCAGGCAGCGAUGGUGGCCACUAACCCGUUCCUGAACUACUCUGGUGAGGUGAAGGAGUCCGUGAACCCGUUCACGCAGAGCUCGACGCACGCCAUCCGCCAGAGCGGCGGCAGCAGCAACACCGUCCGCGACGGCACCAACCGCGCCGCCAGCAGCGCUGCCGCCCCCGCCGGCAUGGUCGAGGUCACGCUAGCCGUGAUCGCGGUGUACGACUACAGCGCGGACAAGGAAGACGAGCUCAGCUUCUCAGAGAACGCCGUCAUCUUCGUCCUGAAGAAGAACGACGAUGGCUGGUGGGAGGGCGUCCUCAACGGCGUCACGGGCCUCUUCCCUGGCAACUACGUCGAGCCUCUCAUGUAACGCGUGACGUGUGGCGAGCCUCUCAUGUAACGCGUGACGUGUAGCGAG